CCAACUUCUUAUAGCGGAAAUGGCGGCUCAUGAACCCCGAUCACAUCGUCACAUCCCUAUCCCUAUCGUCUUGCUACUACUACUUCGGGUCCGAGGUCCAAGCACGAAGCCAUUUUUGCAUCUCCGCGAGCGACUUGAGAAAGUUGAGGUCGGCUUUGCGGCGUAGGAGGAUGAAGAGGCUGCUCGUUCAUGGCGGGAGGGGGAUCGGUUGCCCCUCCAGGAGCGCGGUGGCAGGUCCGUCUGCCCUGCCCGCGCUCGGCAACAGCGUUCUACUGCCCAGGUACCAAUCGACAGAGAAACACGACGACAGUGACACGCUGGGCGAAAUCGGGGAGAAGGCAAGAACGACGGCGGAGGAGUUCCUGAAGAUGGCCAAGGAGAAGACCGACGACGUCGCCGAGGGCGCAAAGGAGACGGCGCAGGAGACCAAGGAGGCGGUGCUCGGCGAGUCGGACGACGAGAAGGAGAAGUUCAAGCAGCGGGUCGAGCAGGGGAGGUACCAUCAGAAGUGAGUGGCAGCUGCUCCGUCCAAGUCGUUAGCUCUGCAGUUUGUAUGUCAACCACUAGGCUUGGGUUCUGCUAGGUGCUAUGUGUAAUGUUUCUUCCUCCUUCACUUCAGUGGCCUUCAGUACUACAAAUGUGAUCUUGGUGCUAUACAGCUCGCCACUUCCCGCAGAAUAAAUAAUGUUGAGCUUCUGAUGCUUUUUCUU